AUGAUAAACCUGUCCCUCAUCGGCUCGGAGUGCUACUCCGGCGGCGGCCACAACACGCCCGAAGUCGACGACCCGUCGGACGGCCUGUUGACCGAUGUCCCCGAACCAGACGCCACGUGGUUCGAGGAGAUGGCCGAUUGGUUUCGAGGAGAUGCUGCGCCGGUGGCGGUCGUGGCGGUGAAUGACAGGGUGGAAGAGGGAGCUGCGGUGUCUGAGCCGGUGCCCGUGGAGGCUGCUAAGGAGGCCACGGUGAACCUCCAGGGGAAGAAGAAGAGGAGAGCGAAGGGGACAGUCGCGGCGCGGGGGUCCAAGAGGCAGCGCUCGCCGUUGGGUCCUACUGAGACCACCAGCAGCGGCAGCAAUCAAGGCGCGGGGAGCGAGGCUAUGUACGAUCACCAGAUGCCGGUUGGCACGGGGAUGAAGGUUGCCGGCGGCGGAAGGCGGCGGAGGAAGAAGGAGGACCCCGGCAGCGUCUCGUGGGAGUGGGAGUGGGACAAGGAGGUGGGCCUCGCGAGCUACCCGGCGUUACAGUUCUGCCUCCUUUUCCACAUGCUCCCCAGCACGUUCGACUCCCUCUGCAAGCUGCUGGCCCCCGUCGUCGGCAGGGAUGAAACCAAGCGGCACCCGCGCGAACGCGAACCCGUCCCCGUGCGCAAGCGCGUCGCCGUCGCCGUCUGGCGCCUCGCCUCGGGGGAGUCCCUCCGCGAAAUCGAGAAGCGCUUCGGCAUCGCGCUCUGCACCUGCCAGAAGAUCCUGCGCGAGGUCUGCUCAGCCAUCAAGGACGUAAUGUUCCAUCAGGAGGUCGGCUGGCCGGACGCCGCCCGCAUGGCGGCGAUCGCCGCCAGGUUCCAGGCCCUGUCGGGCAUCCGGGGCGUCGCCGGCGCCGUCUACACCACCCACGUCGCCAUCAUCGCCCCCUGCAAGAACCACGAAGCCAUUGGCUACCAUAACAGCCACGCCACGGCGCGCAACAACGGCAGGGACUCCUACAGCAUCACUCUGCAGGCGUCCAUGGACGCCGACGGGACCUUCACCAACGUCUUCGCCGGCCAACCCGGCGGCGACUCCGACGAGAAAAUCCUCCUCGGGUCGUCGCUGAACAAGCCCGACCGUGCUGGGGACAUCCUUGCCCAGGGCAUGCGCCUGGUCGGCGGUGCCAGCUACCCGCUCCUUGACUGGAUGCUGGUGCCCUACUCCGGCCAAAACCUGACGACGGCGCAGCAAGGGUUCAACGAGCGGGUCGCAGUGGUGCGCGACGCCGCCGUGAACGGGUUCAAGACGUUCAAGGCGCGGUGGGGCUGCCUCCAGAAGCGCAGCGAGGUCAAGGUGGAUGACCUUGAAACGGAACUCUACGCGUGCGCCGCCCUCCACAACUUCUGCGAGCGCAGCGGCGACACUCUCAACCCCGACCUGCUGCGGGGCUUGGAGCUCCACGACGACGAAGGCAUGGUCGCCGAUAACCCCAUGCGCUCCGCCGCUGCCGCGCAGGCGCGCGACACCCUCGCACAUGACAUGAUGGAACAGCUAGCUGGCUACUAG